AUGCCUCCGGCCCUCGUGGCUUUCAGCACACAUGCCGCGCAGGAGGCUGCAUGGCAGCCUAUCCGCAUCAACCUGGAUACGUCUGCGCUUCAGGCGCAGGUGAAUGCGGAGCAACUGUCUUAUCUGCGGGAUGACGUCUUGCAUGCGGCAUCGCGGUGGCUCACCAACGUCGUACAGGUCUUACCAGUUGAGGGCAGCCUGCGAUACGAGCAGCCGUGCGCAGCCAUCCUUUCGGGUUCCGGGCGCUGCGCAAAGCUGCAGGAGAACUUCCAGGAAUGCGGACCGGUGACAAUCCCACGUGAACACUUCGCGGAUAAGGAGGUGUGUCCCUCGGGAAUGCUGGCAGGUUGUCAAGUUUCCAGUGGCGGCGCGGGCAUCCCCAAUGCAGACUUGGCCAUCUACGUGGCGGCAGCUCAGACACAGUGGUGUUCCGGCAACACAGUUGCUUAUGCGAGCACCUGCCGUCAAGCCGAGGAUGACCGGCCCCUGGCAGGCUACUUCAACUUUUGUCCAAACCGGUUGAGUCCAGCAAGCGAGCGGAACUGGCACCAAGACGUGGCAAUCGCGAUCCACGAAAUUCUGCACAGUAUGGCCUUUUCCUCCUCGCUCUUUCCCUUCUUCCGCGACGUCUUGGGAGCACCACGAACCCCUCGCGAUGAGGUGUGGGGCUUGCCACCGAUGCAGGACGGCAUGUACCGAGCCGGCAGCUCCACAGUGCGCGUGGAGCAGGUGGAUGGCCUCGAACGGCACUUCAUAGCGCUACCCAAAGUCGUGCAAGCUGCACGACAGCACUUUGACUGCCCGUCGCUCCUGGGCGUUGCGCUGGAGGAACAGGGUGGCGACGGUUCUGCUUUCUCACACUGGGACGCCCGGAUAAUGCACUCAGAGGUGAUGGCUGCGGAAAGCAGUGCAAUGCCCCGGAUCUCAGAGAUGACGCUGGCACUCUUGGAGGACAGCGGGUGGUAUCGGGUCCUGGGAGGUUUGGCAUCGCCAGAUGCUGACAGCGCAGCUGGACACUUCGUCUUCGGUCGAGGGAAGGGCUGCAGCUUCCUCCAGAACAGCUGCAUCAUCGACAGACAAAGCGCUUUCCCUGAUACUUUCUGCACCGAGAACCAGGGCAGCUGCACAAGCCCCAGUGCAGGAGCCAUCGGCUGUUCCCACGACCACCUGUCGCUGGGAGCUUGCACCAAUUGUCUUCAUAGCUCUGCUCUGCCGACCAGAUACCAGCAUUUCGACAAUCCGAGGUUGGGCGGCAUUGCUCGCUACAUCGGUUACUGCCCGACGGUGGAGCCUUUCUGGUUUUCUGGGCGGCCGACCACCUGCGCAACCAGUGGUGUAUACAGCGACCGAACCUCGCAACGCUUCGGUGAAUCCCACGGCCCUGCAUCGCGAUGCGUGCUGUCCACGGCCGUCCAGUCAGGCUUCGUGCCACCAGAUGAGCCACAAGGAACAUGCCGUGACGUUUUCUGUUUAGAAGAUGCGCUGCGAAUCAGGAUCAGCGAGAAUAACUUCGUACUCUGCGGGAAAGAAGAGACUGGUGUGAGGAAGAGGGUCUUUGGACAGUUUGCAGGCUUCAUCCAGUGCCCGGGCUAUGCUGCCAUCUGCGGGGAGAGUGGCACACAGGGCCCUCAGGAAGGCGCUGAAUGCCAUUUUCCCGGAACGCAUCGCCAUGGCCGCUGCGUUUGUGCUCCAGGAUCAAUGGGCGAGGACUGCAGCGUCCCAGAUACCGCGGGAAAUCGACAGGACUUUCCUUUUGGCCUUCACUAUCCUCAGCAAGAGUUCGAGCUAAAGGUCGGACUGGAGCUGUCCCGGACGGAGGGCCUCCGGGCCUGGCCCAUGCGGCCGACCUUGCAGAGCCGACCCAGGUUGCUGCAGUUCAAGGUCGAUCCUGCUUUGCCGGCAGGGCUAAGCCUGAAUGGAGACGGCGAGCUUCGAGGCACGCCGGCUGCGAGUUCGGACCGAAAGUCCUUUGUGAUCAUUGCUUAUGGCUGGAACGGCGCCAGCACCACGGUGCUCUUCAUCACCGUCCUUUGCGACAGUGGCACGGACUGCCCCACCAGUGCACCGGAAAGUGUGACACCUGCUGGAUCUGUCACCACUUCGCUUCGAGGAUCAUCUGGCUCGGGACCUUCCGACGACGAUACAGCCGCCAACUCGAUGCCCAAGCUUCGCUUAACAUUAUCGUCCCUGGAUUUCCGCCAGCUGCAGAAGGAUCCUGGCCUGGAAUCCUUUGCGCAGCAACUGCAGGCGGCUUUAUCAGAGACUAUGUCGCUGCAAACGGCUGAUGUGGUGGUUUCGGCGGCCGUGGACGGCACCGUGCUGGUGGACUUGGACGUCUCCACGGGCCAGGAAGGGCUGAAGAUGCUGGAGGACUCACUGCAGGGUCAACUUGCAGAUCCAGCAUCGCCACUACUGUCUUCAACCUUCGGUCAGACCUAUCUUCAAUCGGUCAAGAUCUCCAGCUUGUCCCUGGACGGCUCCAGACAGGUGUGGCCUUUGCCAAGCGACGAUGAUGGCGAUGACGGCUUCAUGGGAUAUCUGGAUUACCGGGAGUGGCAAGACUGGUUUUCGUCGCAAACAUUUGUCGUCCAGGUGGCGAUCCUGGGAGGCGCAUCAGUGGUGAUCGUCCUGUGCUGCCUGGCAAUCUGCAAGAAGGUCUGCGGCUGCAAGAAGUCGGAGCCCGAGCGGGCUGCACUCACAGAGUGGGGAGGCGCGGCAGACACGUCUGCUAUGCCGACAGCGCCGGCCUCGUGGGCGAUGCCUUCGCCGACAUCCUUCGGUAACAGCAUGCUGACGGCAAGCCCUGACCAAGCGAUGGAGCAGAUGUUGGCUAUGGGCUUUUCCUUCGAGGCCUCCAAGGUUGCUUUGGAGGCCAACCGAUGGGACGUCAGCCGGGCGUCGACUGCGAUCCUGGAGACCGUGCCACGGCCCGACAUGGAUGUCCAGGUUGAAAGUGCAACAGACAGCGAGAUCUCGGUGCACAUACCGCCCUCACCCAAGCGGAG